UUGACUAUAUUAUAACAUCCGACAUCAGCUUGGGUUCAGAGGGAACUAAUAUUACGAUGGCCACGGCAAGGCUAACGAGAAGCGUCUCUUUUAGUCUUCUUCGGAAACAGCCGUCAAUUUUGCCGAACCAAAAUUCUCAAUCAUUCUCAACAAUCCCAAUCCAGAGUGAUGCCAGGUUAACUGAACAAUCCCACUACAGGAAUCAAAUCUCCAUUGCUAAUCUGCUUCAUAGGUAUGGCUUCCCGUCUUCUCUGCUCCACAGUUUCCUCUCAAAGAACAAUCGCUUUUUACUGCAGAUGAAUUUAAAGGACAUGGAAAAGUCUAUCGGUAUUCUUUUCACCUUUCAAAUUCCCCAAAAUGAACUUGUAUCUUUGGUUUGUGAAUGCCCUGGGGUUUUGGAUUGCCAGUUUCUCAAUAAAUGGGAAAUGGGUUUUUCACAGUUGGGGCUUUCGAGGGUUUCUCCAUCGAUGGUUAGGAGUGUUUUAGAGCAUUCUAGUAAGUAUCACAUAGACCCAAACGGUUUUCAUAAAACCCUUGUUGUUUUGAGGGGUAUGGGGUUUAACGAUGGUACUUUGAGUAGGGUUUUAGAGGGUUUUCCUGGGGUGACUUUGAUGAACGACAGUAAAAUUCGAAGGAGAGUCGGAUUCUUGAUGGAUGGUAUUCCAAUUUCGGCAGAAGGAGUUGAUUGGAUUCUGCAUUCUUUCCCGGAGGUACUGGGGUUUGGGGUUGAAGAUAGGUUGAAGCCAUUGGUUUCUGAGUUUAAAGCGUUGGGGUUUAGCAAUGAUUUGAUAAGCAAAGAAAUUAGUAGAGACCCGAGAAUUCUUGGCAUGGAAUUAGGCGAACUUUCGCGGUGCUUUGAAUUAUUGAGGAGUUUGAAAUGUCGAGUGGCAAUCCAGGAGAAGAUCUUUAGUGAGGGUGAAUUUAGAGCAGGCUUUGAAGUGAAGUUGAGAGUUGACUACUUUUGCAGGCAAGGGUUGACUCGCAGAGAGGCCUUUGAGCUAUUAUGGAAGGAGCCAAGGUCAAUUGUGUACAAGAUGGAAGAUAUAGAAAAGAAAGUAGAUUUUUUAGUGCAUAGAAUGAAAUUCAACAUUCAUUGCUUGCUUGAAGUUCCAGAGUAUGUUGGUGUGAAUUUUGAUAAGCAGAUAGUUCCUCGGUUCAGUGUAAUAGAGUAUUUGAGAUCAAAAGAUGGGCUUGGUUCUCCAGUUGGUUUAAGAGCUCUGAUCAAGCCUAGUAGACUGAAGUUCUAUAACCUUUACGUCAAGCCGUAUCCAGAGUGUCUAAAGUUUUUUGGGAGAUAUUCCGGAGAUGUUGAAGUCAAAAGCCGACAACCAGUUGGAUUAUGGAAGAUUUUUAAACCACAAAGCAAACCAGCAUCCAAAGAAGAUGUGAAAAACAUGAAAUUGUUCAUGGAAUAGUUGGUUUCCUUGACAUGCCAAAUUAUAAUGGUGCGUCAUUGUCUAAGUUGCAAAGAUUGAAUGGUUACACAUUAAGUUAUCUUUCAAUGGUCUUGAAUUUGGAAUUGCAUUGAGUUUUCCAUGUGUUAAUAAUAUCGAUUGAAAGAGAAGAUGUGGUUUUUUUCAUACCUCACAAUAAGCAAUGUUAAGGCCUAGUCUCUCACUCAGUGAACCAUACAGCUACCAUGUUGACCAUUCGAUCUUAAAAUGCUCGGUCUAAUUGAGUUGGCCAUUGAAUUUAAGAUUUGUGAUCAAAUCUCCCAGGAGGUGGAGAGAGUUAGAAAGGAAUGAGAAAUAUUAUGUCAUGUGGUGUAAUCGAUGAAUGGACAGUGUAAUUUAAAGUGUCUGUGAGCUUUCAGGAGUAAUGGACAUGAGAUAGUCAACCAAAAACAAAGAGAGCUGGUUUUGCUGAGGUCCUGAUGUCCAGCAUGAGAUGAUUAUUCAACAAUGGAAGAGAAACUGCAGUGUUAGUAAUAUAAUUUAUUUAGCUUUUGCUUUAAAUGAGGGAAUGUGGAAAUGCAUAAGAACUUUCAAGCUUCAACAGUGUUACUAAUGUAGGUGAGUCCCAGUUUAGCUGAUGCUGCAGACUUCGGAGAUCCAAUGAAGAUUUUGUCUAUUUUUGUACGAUAGUGAUGCAAAAGCAUUUUAAGCUUUUGGGGUCUUAGUUUUUUAAUUUAGUUAUAAAAGAAACUAUGGUUGACUCGGUUCGGUUUGGUUUGGUUUUGUAUUCUUUUCAACCAAAAUUGCUCAUGACGUGCAUAGAAUGA